AUGCAGGAGACAAGGGCAUACCUUGAGUUAGGAUAUAUUUAUAAAUUGAACAAUCAGUUUGAAACGGCAAUUAAAUACUACGAGCAAGCCUUGAAAAUUGUAAAAGAACGAAAAGAUCAAGUUGAGGAGACAAUGGCAUACCUUGGGUUAGGAGAUGUUUAUACAUUGAACAAUCAGUUUGAAACGGGAAUUAAAUACUAUGAGCAAGCCUUGGAAAUUGCAAAGGAACUAGAAAAUAAACAAAAUAGAAAUAUGGCGAGAAAUGCAAUUGAAGAAUUGUCACUGAGAAUUGCAG